AUGGAUAAGCAUGGCGUGAAGACCCCUUUGUGGAGGAAGGAGGUGGAGGAGCCCGAGGCCAGGGAGGAGGAGCUGGAGGACGAGACGUCGUCGUCGUCGUCGUCUUCGUCGUCGUCGUCGGAGGUGGAGAGGACGGACCCCGAGAGCACGGCGGAGGUCGAGGAGGAUGGCGACUCGGGGGAGCGCGAGGCCCGCUCGGUGUCCUACAGCCCUCUGCGCCAGGAGCCGAGCAGCCAGCAGGUGGCGCUGCUGCGACGCUCGGACAGCAGCUUCUGGGGCUGGCUCAGCCCGUUUGCGCUUCUGGGUGGCCUUGCGACCCCCGCGGAGAGGAAGCGUGGUGCCCCGGAAGAACCGUGCGUGUUGGAGACGCGGCGGCGGCCACCGCGCCGCGGGGGCUGUGCGCGCUGCGAGAUCCUUUUCUGCAAGAAAUGCAAGAGCCUGCAUAGCCACCCAGCUUACAUUGAGCACUGUAUUCUGGAGCACCCUGACCCGGGUAAGGCGGAGGCCGCCGAGAGCUCUGAGCGCAUCCACUCCCAGCCUCUGCGCCCGCAAAGCUCCAAACUCUUCUAUCUCUAGUGC